AUGGGAUUGGCCGAAGUGUUGCAGUGGCCGAGUGCACAGCGGGUGCUGUUAGGACGGGAGCGGGAUUACAGCGGUGUUGGGGCGAGACGCAGUGGGAGUUGGGGCCAGGACCAUCAGAAGCAGGUUCGGGCGGUUCAGGCACCUCAGGCACCUCAGCACCACCUCCGGCCUCAGCAGAAGCUACAGCGUCGCCAGCAACGCGAGUUACAGCACGAGUUACAGCACGAGCUACAGCACGAGUUACAGCACCACUUACAGCACCCUUACCCAGCGCAACCACGAACCCCCCAUUUCCGCUCGUCACAGCGUCCUCUUGCGCCUGAAUCCGCUGCAACGCCCGCUACAACGCCCGCUACAACGCCUGCUGUACAUCGUGGAUCACUUAAUACUACUCCUACAAACUGCACCACCGCCACCACCACUCCCCCCCCACUCUACUCACCACCUUCCCCCUCCUCUCCCCUCCCUCUCCACCGUCACACAAGACGUCUUGCCUCGUCCGUCUCUUCCUCUUCCUCCUCCACCCACCGACGACGCUCGUCACGGCCCAUUGCCAAAAUGCCGCCCGAGUAUCGCCAUGCCCGCAGCUCCAGCAUGAGCAUCGCCAACGCCGCCUCCGGACCAACCUCCUCCGUCAUGCCCAGGAGUCCUCCCACCGCUACCCAGCACACAAAACCCAACGGCGCCGCCCUCGUUUUUUUCUGCCGCGCUUCUGGCCAGGCGGGUCAGCAUUCUGCCCAUCCUGCCCUCUCAGCGACCGACCAACUGCCUACACGUUACCCCUCCCUCCCGCGACUCGUGUGCCGCCCGCGAGCUCCCCGAGCAUACACUGCCCAUGUUCCCUGCAAAUUCUACCGCCAAGGUGCCUGCCAGGCUGGUAAUGCCUGCCCUUUCAGCCAUGAGCUCGGUGUCGCCUCUGAAACUGUCUGCAAAUACUUUGCCAAAGGAAACUGCAAGUUCGGCCCCAAGUGCGCAAACAUGCACGUCCUCCCGGACGGCCGCCGAGUCAAUUACGGAAAGAAUGGCUUCACUAUCAUAACCGCCCCCCUCCCUGGCAGCCCCGGUGGUCCGACCUCGCCGAAUUCCGCCGCUACAAACACCUACAAUCAGUCCUCCGCCAGUGCCCUCACUACGUCGCUAUACGAGGCCGAUCAGUCCGGCUUCCCCAGCUACCUCACCGAGAGCCGCCAGCAGCUCCACGACCAUCACCUAAACCUCGACAACGGCCACACUUCCGAGUCUCCCUUUGCUUUCCCCGAGAGCUACGGCUCCCCUCGCGAUGGGUUUGCCUUUUCGCCCGCGAAUGCCAAGGGACUAUCCAUCCUUGACGCUCCAAUGCCCGCUUCAUUUGACUCGAAUGGCAUCUCCAAUGCUGCCCGCUUCCCCGCCGCUCCAUGGCCAUCAUCGGUCCCCUCCAAGUUCGGUCUGGAAUCUCCUUCUGCUUCACUGAGCAACGCCAAGGAUUCUCGAACCUCCGAUACCCUCAAACUCUUGCACACUUCUGCAUUUGGCUCCUCGGACCAAUUUUUAACCACCGGCAGUCCCCCGAGCUCAAACCCAUUCGGAAGUGAAGAGUACUUUGGCAAGCGGGCCAUGCACUCGUCAAGAUAUGCGAAGCCCAAGAUGCUUAGCUCCAGUGUGCCAAAGACGAGCGUCGAUCACGAUUGGGAAGCUAGCUUUGCCUUUGGCGACGAGGGCGACAAUGUGCCGGAAAACUACGUUCCAGAAAAUCUCCAGGAUCUUCUGACGCCAGCCGAGAAGGCUAGAAGAGGUUCCAUGCGAGGCGAGAAUGACGUCAACAUAGAGGUCCUCUCCAAGUAUGGAAGUCCCAUGUCCUCUAGUCCGAGCCGCUGGGGCUCUCUUUUCCAGCGUCAAAAGGAGGAGGAGGAGCUAUCCCGCUCUGCGCGAAACGCUGCCUCUCCUUUUGGUCAUGUCGGCAGCCCUCUGCGGAAUUCAACGCUCGCCCAGCAGAUGGGUGGUGAAGCCUUCGGCACCAGUGCCCCCGGUCGCCCGUCAUCCAUGAGAAUCGGCAGCGACUCCAUGUCUACCCUUUCUCAACAGUUUCAACGCAGCCAGAUCAACGAUCCCCCGACCAGCUCCAGCCCGCGCCUACAUCCCGCAUCUGCAAGGACUGGUGGUUCCAACGCGGUUGGAAAAGACCGUGCCAUGGAACGCCAUGUUUCUACUGGCAGUAUCAGCUCCGCUGUCACCGGCCGGUUCACCACUCCUAUUGACGAGGAAGACCCUGAUUUUGUCUUCAGUAUGGAGGAGGACGAUCCGGUAGCUGCUGCACGCAUGCGCAAACGAGCUUCUGCUGGUCUUGGUAUGAGCAGCUUCAGUUAUGCCGGUGCCGUCACCGGCAAGGCACCAGAUCGCAAUACCAAGGAAAACAAGAACCCGUCGACUAACGGUCGGUGA